AUGCCUUCAACUAAUGCUCGACCAUCAAGUAUACGUCCAUCGAGAAAUACAAAUAAUCGUGCAACUGUGCAAGUGGUUCGAUCAGCAAGUGCACCUCAACGACAAUUUAUCAUGAUUCUCACAAACAAUCCUAAUUUGUUGCAACAUACUCGUGCUUUUCAACCACAGGUUACACAACCAAGACAAGCUACGGUUCCGCCUCAAAAUCGUACCAACAAUCAUCACCAAACUGCUAAUGCUCGUGAAGAAUUGCUUAAUGAUCUUCUAAGAAUUGAAUUGCGAGACGCAGCUCGUGAUUAUCUUUCUCGAACUCGUCGACAGUAUCCACUUCAUUAUGUAUUUGAUAUGUCUGAUAUUGAAAUACCAUCACCACAACAACAACAACAUCCCUAA